AUGAACUUUAGUAGCUGCUGGAUUAAGUGGAUUAAGGAGUGUGUUACCACUGUUCAUUAUGCCAUUCUGAUCAAUGGUAGUCCCUCUCCUUACUUUGCUCCUUCUAGAGGGCUCAGACAAGGUGACCCCCUUUCACCUUAUCUAUUUCUCUUUUGUGCAAACAUCCUCUCUCUUGCUCUCUUAAAAGAGGAGGGUUUGGGGAACCUUAGAGGCAUCCGGGUGGGUAGGAAUGGUCUUUCUUUUACUCAUCUUUUAUUUGCUGAUGAUUCCUUGUUCUUUUUUCAAAUUGAAGAUUCUUCUCUAUCCACUCUCAAGAGAACUAUCCUAUGGUAUUGUUCAUUAUCUGGACAAGCCAUUAAUUUCAACAAAUCUGACCUGUUUUGCUCCCCCAACACACCUCAAGAGGUCCAGGAAGCUACUGCCUCCUCUCUUCAAGUCAACCUUGUCCAAUAUCCAUCCAAAUACCUAGGAAUCAAUUUCAAACUUAGGGGAAGAAGGGUAGAGGAUUAUCAAGAUGUUAUUGAUAGAGUUCAAGGGAAACUUCAAGGAUGGAAAGCCAAACUACUCUCCCAAGCUGGUAGAGCCACCUUGAUUGCUUCUGUGCUUCAAGCCAUGCCUUUGUAUUCCUUUUCUUGUUUUAAAAUACCUGAAACCAUCUGUAACAAGCUUGAUGCUAUUUCUAGAGCUUUUUGGUGGGGCCAUGAUUUAGGGGAUAGAAAACUUCAUCUCAUUAGUUGGGAUAAAAUCUGCCAACCUAAAUACAGGGGAGGGAUUGGGCUGAAAAAAUUCAGUUUAGUCAAUCAAGCCAUGAUUGCUAAACAAUUCUGGAGAAUACAGCAUAAUCCCAAUUCUCUUCUAGCUAGAACUUUUCAAAGGAAAUAUUGUACUUCCAUUUCUCUAAGAGAUUACAAACCUAAACCUAAUCAUUCUUGGAUUUGGAAGAAUAUUGUGGUACCCCAAAACUCUUCUUUACACCAAGGCAGAUGGUUAAUUGGAAGUGGGCAUCAUAUACCCCUUAUUCAUCCGGAUUGGUACCAAGCUCCAGUUCAUAUUCUAAGAGAAAAUAAUCUACAUAAUGGAACUGUAGCUGAUCUGAUUGACCAAGAGACCAAAUCUUGGAAGGUGGAGGUAGUUAGGAAGCUGUACCACCCAAAAGUAGCUAAGGAAAUUCUGCUUCUGCCUAUUUCUAGAAUUCCAAACAUGGAGGACAAAAUCUUAUGGAAGUAUUCAAAUUCAGGGGAUUAUAAGGUUAAAAAAGCUUAUCAAUUGCUUCUUAAAGAUCAGUAUCCUUCUGCCACACAGAAUCACAGAUGCUUUGGUAUUGCAAAUGAGGCUUGGGAUAAAAUUUGGAAAGUUAAGCUUCCUCUUAAAAUCUUGAAUUUCAUUUGGAAACUCCUCCAUGGAAGCUUACCAGUUUUUGAAGUUCUGAGUAGCAGGGGCAUUUCUGUUUCCACCUUAUGUAUUCUUUGCAAUGAAGAGGAGGAAACACUUAACCAUCUUUUUUUGAAAUGUCACUUUGCUAGAGCUGUGUGGCAUGGCUCAAUUCUAGGAAUAAGAACUUCUGAUUGCUUGAACCUUUCUAUUUCUCAAUGGGUGGAGAAUUGUGUUAUGCAAAAUGAUCCUAGUAAUCCUAUCAGAAUGGGUCUACUGCAAUCUAUUUUUACUACCCUUUGGUCUAUAUGGAACCAUAGGAAUUUGGUUCUUCAUCAAGGGAAAAAUCCUAAUCCUAUGGAAGUGCUUCUAACCUCCCAAUCUCUUUUAUGCAGGUACCAGCAAGCUUUUAACAACAGCAAAAAUCAGAAAUCCAGUAGCAGCCAACAAUCGAAGAAGCAAUUCACUAACCAAGACUGGCAGCUUCUCAUCAAAGUAGCAGCUUCCAACAACAGGAAAACCAAAAGGAGUGGCUAUGCUUACGAGGCAACAAAGGUGGAUGGAAGCAACGUGUUUACAGGCGGCACCAGCUGUGGAAGGAAGCCCUUUUGUCUUGCCAUACAAGAUGCUAUUGGAGAAUCAAUGAUUAAAGCUUUGGAGAUGGGUUAUAGUAGAAUUCUAGUCUUGACUAACUGUAAAGGCCUCUCACAAGUUUGCAAGCUCUACAAACAACCAAGUUGGUACCAGCGGACUUUAAUUGCAGACUUGAAUCAUUUUCGGAAUCAGGGUCUUCACUUAGACUUCCUUUUUGUUCCUAGAUAUGUUGUAGCCCAUGUUUCUGAUUUAGCUUUUAUCACCACUUGUUUCCCUGUUCAUAGGUGUAAGCUAAAUCCUAACUUUGUCCAGGUCUGA